AAAGGAGGAAUAACACAGUGUGAGAGGAUCCAGAAAUUAGAGGGUCUUGACAGCCAGGCAGAAGACUUUGACUUCAGUGCAGUAGGGGCCAUUAUGGAUUCCUGAGCAUAAGAGGAACAUGAUGGCAAUGAGAACCGGGCAAAGAUGUUCUCACUUAAACCUCUUUUUCUCCUCCCCUAGCCCUUCCUGUUCUCCAAGUUCCUUCCCUUCCCCUGAAGGACAGCCAGGAGCUGACAGCUUCACUUCUCUCAGCUGGGUCCCAGGUUAUGAGUCCAGGGACAAUAUGGAGCUCAUAGUGAAGCAGAUUUCUGAUGACGCUGAAUCACACUGGGUGGCGCCAGAACACACCGAAAGGAGCGUUCCCCAGGAUCCAGACUUUGCAGAAGUCAGUGACCUUAAGGGCAUGGUACAAAGGUGGCAGGUCAACCCCACUGUGGGGAAGUCAAGGCAGAAUCCUUCCCAGAAAAGGAAUCUGGACGCGAUCACAGACAUCAGCCCUAAGCAAAGCACACAUGGCGAGAGAGGGCACAGAUGCAGCGAUUGUGGCAAAUUCUUCCUCCAAGCCUCAAACUUUAUUCAGCAUCGGCGCAUCCACACUGGAGAAAAACCGUUUAAGUGCGGAGAAUGUGGGAAGAGCUACAAUCAGCGGGUGCACCUCACCCAGCACCAGCGGGUCCACACGGGGGAGAAACCCUACAAAUGUCAGGUGUGCGGAAAGGCUUUCCGGGUGAGUUCCCACCUGGUUCAGCACCACAGUGUCCACAGCCGAGAGAGGCCCUACGGCUGCAAUGAGUGCGGGAAGAACUUCGGUCGCCAUUCGCAUCUGAUCGAACACCUAAAACGCCACUUCAGGGAGAAAUCCCAGAGAUGCAGUGACAAAAGAAGUAAGAACACAAAAUUAAGUAUUAAGAAGAAAAUUUCAGAAUAUUCAGAAGCAGACAUGGAACUAUCUGGAAAAACCCAAAGAAAUGUUUCUCAAGUUCAAGAUUUUGGGGAAGGCUAUGAGCUUCAAAGCAAGCUGGAUAGAAAGCAGGGAAUUCCCAUGAAAGAGAUAGUAGGACAACCCUCUUCAAAGAGGAUGAACUACAGUGAAGUCCCUUAUGUCCACAAAAAAUCCUCCACUGGAGAGAGACCACAUAAAUGUAACGAGUGUGGGAAAAGCUUCAUUCAGAGCGCACAUCUUAUUCAACAUCAAAGAAUACACACUGGGGAGAAACCAUUCAGGUGUGAGGAAUGUGGGAAAAGCUACAACCAACGCGUGCACCUAACUCAGCAUCAGCGCGUCCACACAGGUGAGAAGCCCUACACCUGUCCUUUAUGUGGGAAAGCCUUCAGAGUGAGGUCCCACCUUGUUCAGCAUCAGAGCGUGCACAGUGGGGAGAGACCCUUCAAGUGUAACGAAUGUGGGAAAGGCUUUGGGAGGCGUUCCCACCUGGCUGGACAUCUGCGACUCCACUCCCGAGAGAAAGCCCAUCAGUGCCGUGAAUGUGGGGAAGUCUUUUUUCAGUACGUUAGCCUAAUUGAACAUCAGGUGCUCCACAUGGGUCAGAAAAAUGAAAAACAUGGCAUCUGUGAGGAAGCGUAUAGUUGGAACUUGACAGUGAUUGAAGACAAGAAGAUCGAGUUACAAGAGCAGCCUUAUCAGUGUGAUAUCUGCAGAAAAGCCUUUGGUUACAGUUCAGACCUCAUUCAGCAUUACAGAACUCACACGGCAGAGAAGCCCUAUCAAUGUGAUACAUGUAGAGAAAAUGUUGGCCAGUGUUCCCACACCAAACAACAUCAAAAAGUCUACUUGAGCACAAAAUCCCAUCAAUGUCAUGAAUGUGGCAGAAGCUUCACUCUGAAGUCACAUCUUAAUCAACAUCAGAAAAUCCAUACUGGUGAGAAACCUUUUCAAUGUAAAGAAUGUGGAAUGAAUUUCAGCUGGAGUUGUAGCCUCUUUAAACACCUGAGAAGCCAUGAGAGGACAGAUCCCAUAAAUACCUUAAGUGUAGAGGGGUCUCUGUUGUAGAAUAGCUCUGAAUUUUAGAGAAGCCUUCCUGGAGGGAGACCGUACUCCUAUAAUGAGCAAAGUAACAACUUCAAGCAUUUUUCCAGCAUAACCAUCAAAAUCACAAUAGGUUGAAAUCCUUUAGUUAGAACUCAGCCUUUAGGAACACCGGAGAACCCACAAUAAUAGAUAUCUGUUCGUGUUCCCCACUGAGAAAUGCUUUAGUUAGCAUCUUCAUGCUUGGGAAUCUAGACAAGAAGAGAAUCCAUGGAUGGACAUGGUCGAGGAAUUCAGAAAGCCUUCAGAUGACAUUCAGUCUUCACUUGAAACUCAAAACUGACACUAGGAACAGCCUCAUGAGUUCAGUAGAAGUAAGUUUUAUUUGUAGCUUCUGCCUCGUUUGACGGCCUAUCUAUUCAGGGAAGCACACAGUAAAAGAAUUCUUCAGCAUGAUGUCUGUUUUGGUACCUCAGCAAUGAACUUUUUCUAGAAAUUAUUAUUCCAACCACUAGAAUACCCUAGUCACUAUUCCCACUUUGAUCAUUAACCCCUUUGAAAAGAAACGGACUUAAAGUAUCUCUAUUUUGGCAAAAUUCGGGUCCAGGGGCUGGAUGGUAUGUGUUUCUGCUGCCUUAUUUAAUCUACCACUUCUCUGUGAAACACUCUACCUUGUUUUGGUUUGAUUGUACUGACGUCAAGGUUUAGCCAGUAGAAGGUAGAGUUAAAUUUGUCAAUUCAGAAGAAACUGUGCUGGUCAGUCACAUCUUAAGGCGAAGGGAGAGGGACCUUAGGGGAACAGAGAAGACAGGCAAAGCUGUGGACUGUUUGAUCUUGUAUUGCCCACAGGAAUGAGAGCAGCUAAACCCAUAGAAGGAAUUGGACCAAGGUGAAUUACGAGUCCUGGUCCCAGCACCCAGUAUGUGUGCUGACUCCUGGGUGCCCCAGAAAUAGAGCUCUCCCAUAGAGUGGUGAUAUACAGCAUGAGUUUCAGUUUGCAUUGCAGCUGGGAUUGAAAGGAAUCAGUCAUGAGCCGGCAGGCAGAAGGUCCUGUUAGCCCUGUCUUCCAGGAAGGUCGGGGUGGGAGUUUUGAGUGGGAAAGAGGAUGACAUGCACGAAGAGAGUUCCCCUGAGCCUGUUCGCCAGGGAGAGUGAGUGAGUGCUCUUGGGCACUGCUCAGGCCCUGCUUCUGCUGACUUGCUUGGCUUACAAUAAAUGCCUAAUAAAUAUUUGUUGACCGUAUGUGUUGUACACUAUGGUACCCUGUCCAGUCCCCUCUACCAAGCUGGGACCCCCAUCCCCAGCUGCUCUGAGUUUGGGCUGCAAGUGCUCACAGCUCUUGUUCUCCAGAAACUGGAGAAUUACCCUCAGGAGAUGAGAGACAUCUCACCUUACCCAGGAGUCACCUCCUCUCUACAACCCAACACCUGGUUCAUUUGAUUAAAGCAGGGAAAACCCCAGGGUGCUACGACUGCUCUGGCACCCUUGGAUCAGGCCAAGCUAGACUUUUUCUGAGCCUUCCUCCAUGCUCAGCUCUCUCCCUUCUCUAUCCUGUUUCAUUCCCUCCCUCAAAGGCGUUUCCUGAAUAAAUCACACUGUCAAUCA